AUGCUUCCCAAACGACAAUAUUCGUUUCAAGAUCAAGAUCCCUAGUAGAAGGCUUCUCCCCUGUCGUUGAAGAGAGUUCAUUCGGUUACUAGCCAACUCCAGGAUGAGGUAAAAAAAUAUUAUUAUAAAAUUGAAAAGAGUGUAUAUGAGUUGAUUUUUACCCAUCAGGUCAUUAAGAACAUCGAAAUAGUUUCCAUCACCAAAGAAAAGGACAAUUUCUCACUCCACAAAAAACACAUAGUCCACUACGUGAUCAAAAUCACCACAGACUACUUCGACUACCAAAUUCAACGAAGCUCUACGAAUAAGUAUCUAAUUCGGCUAUUCUAGUUAAAACCUAAAUUCGAAUUUUUUGAGUUUCCCCAGAAAAAGUUGUUUAAAUCCAAUAAAAGUGAGGUGGUCCAAGAAAGAAGAAAAUCAUUGCAAAAAUUUUUAUAAACCAUACUAUCCUCCCUAGAUCAAUUGAAACCUGUCGAAUUUUUGGAGUUCAUUGAAAUCCUUCAACAAUUUUUGAGAAGGGGAUUUGACAAUAUCAAAUUGCACGGUCUCAGCAGCGAUCAAUUUAAUUUGGACUCUCUCCUCGAACCAGAACUGUAGAAGCAUCAGCCAACCAACGACAUUGAAAAGGCUGUGAUCUGCUACCUUCACAAACUCAACAGUCACAAAGAAGACAGAGUCAAAAUUAUACAGUAUCCCCAUUUAAUUCUAUUACACCCAGCUAACUCGAAAACUAUUUGUAUGGCAAACUCCAAUAUUUAUCGUACAACAUCAUACAGUACUUAUUUGUUGGAGACAAGGACAAGGACAUCCUUGGAUUGA